UAUGGUCGGUAUAGUAGGUGAAUAAAGAGAGAAAAAGUUUGUGGAAGAAUUAAAAAAAAAUGAAUUUCCCAAUAAAAGAUUUUCGUUUGAAAUUGUCUAUGCUUCUUCUGGUUUGUUCACAGGUUCUCUUCAUUCACUGCCAACGCAACGCAAACACUGGAUGCGAAUUUAAUCUAGACACCACAUCACCUGUAUAUCCGCCUCAUUUAAUCGAUGCGAAUUUGAAAAUCGUAAUGCCUGUAAUGCAAGGCACAACAAGGGUUAUCAAUCUGGAUGAAGGCGAACAAGUGACUAUCAGCUGUUUGGGCAUGGGAAAUUUUCUACAAAGGACUGGUUAUCAACAAAAUCCUGCUACUUGUACGGCCAAUUCCAAAUUAAAGCUGAAAAAUGGAAACGAACUGUCUUACGGUGAAUUAGGAUGUUUAAAACAAAAUCGCGGCGUGCUAGUUGAAAGAGGAUCGUGUGCAAAUGGUCCUGGUACUUUGAUUCGAAACGGAUGGGAGUUUGGUAACAAAUUCCUCCCGUUGUACGACAUGUGCCACGACAAAAAUUUAGCAUUGAAUUACUAUUCUGUCAACGUUGUUUAUGGCCGGUCGGCCAAUGCCGGUGACAAGAAUAAUAAACGUCCGUCCUUCAGUCAAGACAUCUACUUUCCCGGGAUAAACGUCGGUGUGGCUUACACGCAAAAACAACAAACUAAAACUAUAGCUAAAAUCUUGGGUUCCGAGCAACUGGCUGCAGAGUAUAUUAAGCCAAAUUCACAAUACUUUUUGUCUCGUGGGCACAUGUCACCUAAUAGCGACUUUAUUGAUGCUGCAAGUCAAAAUGCGAGCUUCCUUUUUACGAACACGGCGCCUCAAUUUCAAACAUUUAACGGUGGGAACUGGAGGUACCUAGAAAAUGGCAUCCGCAAUGAAGCACUUAGCCGUCAACUAGAUUUGACAGUUUACACAGGAACAUUUUCUGUCAUGACCUUGGCUGACGUCAACAAUGUUCAACAGCCCAUCUAUUUAGCAUUUGACCAAAAUAACAACGGUCUAAUUCCAGCUCCAAAAUACUACUGGAAAUUGAUUCACGACCCAAUUUCAAACACUGCCACAGCUGUGAUCGGCAUUAACAAUCCUUACCUGAAUCCAGUAAAGGAAGAAGAUAUUAUUUGUCCUAACGUCUGCGACCAGGUUCCUUGGGUGAAUGAAGCUAUUACUGCGUUGACAGAUAUCGAGAAAGGUUACACUUUUUGCUGCACAGCUGCUGAUUUGCACAAGGCUAUUAGUUAUGCACCAGACAUCAAUGUCCCACUUUUCGGCAGUGCCGCUACUAAAAUUAAUACGAUCGAUUUUGUUACACUUGCAUGUCUGGGCAUCUAUGGAUACUUUUACCAGAGAAACUAAUUGCACGCAUUCGCUGCUAUCCCUGUAUUUGACGUUCCAUGUAAUAACAACGAA